AUGGCUAUCACCGCGGCCCGUUACCGCCGUCCGAGAUGCGCCGAUACGGCCGACACCCUCCGCCCCAACGGCCCGGGCGAUCUCCGCGAGCUGCGCACCGUCUUCCACCGCGUGCUCAAAGCCGGGCUCGCCAACUUGCCGGAGGAAGGCUUCGACGAAGAGUCCCUCGACGUGGACAGACCGGGAAGCCCGGAGGAAGACAUCGUCCCCCUGGAGUUUGAUGAUCCGAGAGCGGUGGACUUCCGGAACUACUUGAGGACAUGGUUCAGAAAAGCCCCAUGGUCCUCCAUCCACAAGCACGAGAUGCACGCAUGGCUCUACUGGUCCAUCUUCAACACCCGUUUCCCUGGCAUCGACAAGGUCUCCCACGUCGAGCGCACUGCGCUGCACGAGGUCGUCGGGCUCAUCGAGCAUCGGUCUGGCUCAAAAUCCCUGACGGCUCCAACCCCGACCAACGCCAUUAUCCGUUGGAGACUUCAAAACGAAUGGCGAGCACAGGUCAGGACGUACAAGGACCUCGAAUAUGUCAUCCGUGUUCCUCCCAAGUGGGAUCCAGCUUCUCGUGUCCGCCCCGUCGUCUUCAUGCACGGUCUUGGGCUCGGACUCACCCAGUACUACCACUUCAUCCGGCACAUGUUCAGGGUUCUCCCCGACCAUCCCAUCCUUAUCCCGCUCCACCGCACGGGUUACUAUGCUCAGCCACUCGAAUGGCUCGUUUUCUCAUGCUUGGCUACUCAAGACUCACCCGCAAUGAUCACCCGGUCGUGCUUUGUGGAUCCGGUGACAUUUUGCUCGUGGGAAGGAGAUCUGUGCUACAACUUCAUUUAUCGCCCAUGCGAGAAUGGCUUCCAUCUGAUCGUGAAGUAUUUCGUUGGCACCGAACUGGGCGUCGCGAACUUCCUCCAGCGUCACUUCGACUGGACCUCGAACUCGCUAUGGUUCGAAGAGAUUCCGAAGGCGCGUGAUCCGCAGAAGACGCUUUUCAUCCUCGGUGGCAAGGACGCCAUAGUCGACGCCCAUCGCGUCAAGAGAUACCUCACCUCGCACGGUAUCCGUAAAGGACUUCGCUUCGACCCCAACGGACACCACGGCGAGGCCCUCCUUUCGAGUUCGCCGUUCCAUCACGAAAUCGUGCGCUGGAUGCAAGAAAACUGA